UCCUCUCUCGCGGCAGCGCAUGGCCGCAGCACUUAUUCAUCCCACAUCAUCGUGCUGAACAUCUGCGACGGCAAAAUUACGCGCCUCGGUCCUAGACACGCGCUGUAAAACACGAUGCCCGGCCUCUUUUCCCGGCUCAAGGGCAGGGACAAGUCCAAGAAAAAUGGCGCCGACCAGCUUGCGGAUCAACAGCCGCAGAAACCGCGAUGGGAAGACGCGUGGACCCGCAAGACAGUCGAGCCCGAGGAAGUUCAGCAGCUAAUUCGGUGCUGCACGGAGGAGCUCAAAGCCCGAGCUCUCGAUAUUCCCUUUCUACUGCUCCCUUUUCGACCGACCUCCGAUCCGAGCGCGGUCCGUACUUUUGUGCGACACUUUUUUGAUGGCAAAGAUGGCGGUCAGGUGCUUCGCGGAGAAGCCUUGGCUCAGGAGUUGCGGAUGACGGAGCCAAUGGUCAUCUCAGGUGUGAUAAAAUGGUGCUGGAGCAGACUUCAGGGCGGCGUUGUUGGCUGGGACUCGUACGAGCUCUUCAAAGUGGGAGAGCAAGACUCGCACAUGGCCAGGGACUCGUUCAAAACCUUCAUCCCCCUUAGCGUCGACAACGAGUCUCGGUCAAAGAUCAUCUUUGACUUUUUUGAUCUUCUGUCGGCCGUUGCCGCCCACAGCAAAAUGAACGGACUCGGAGGGCGCAAACUUUCGCGCAUGGCUGCCUGGUGGGCGUUCGAGCACAACGAUACGGGCAAUGGCUUCGAUGGGGCAUAUAGAUCAUGGCUCAGUGCGGCCGACGCCACGAGCCAUUUGUUCUUUGCAUAUCUCAGGUCGCUUGCACCCGAGCCGACCAUUGGCGGUAUCUCACUAUUGCCCAUGUCUCUUCAGAAGCUCCUUCAGGAAACCGAAUACCCGCCCCAGAGGCCGGCGCUAUUGCAGACAUCGACGAACAGGGUUGCCAUGAUUGUCGACACGGUGUCGCCUACGCCAUUCGCCCUGCUGCGGAGGGCUAACCAUUUUCAGUACCGCGACGAGGACAAGGCGCUCAAGGAGUGGUCCGAAUAUGACGACCCCAUACAGGCUUUGACUGAGGAGUGCCGCAGGGUUCUUAGGGCGAUUUCCGCGGCGAACCAGUCGCACGCAGUUUCGAGUUCAAAGGUGUCGACGAGCCUCCGCGAUGCAUCAUGGUCUCGGUUCGAGGACAUUGGUUUCACGAGCGCCCUCGAGGAAGAUGAACUGGAGGAGGAUUCACUCCUUGCUUUGCGGCGGCAGAAGCAAGGACUAAGAAAUACGCCUGCCUCAGGAAACGGCGAUCUAGGACGGCCAACGACUCCAUCCUGGGCGGAUUUCUUGUCAUCUGGUUUCGUCGACGACCGGGCGACACCGAACGUGUUGUUGCCACCUGACAAGGUGCUCCCUCCGAUCGAUACGGGCGUUCGACAGCGAAGCUCUCAGUCUCACAGGCCGAGACUCGAGAGUGACCAUCACCUUGAACCUGGUGAGCUGGCAAGCAUCGUGCGGUUUGAUCUCGACGACGCCUUCUGGUGGGUGUGGAUGACUAGUUUGGGGCCUGAAGAGACGCCGGAGAGGAAGUCGGCCUUCGGGCGCUGCGCUGUGGUUGAGACCAUCAUUCGGACCGGCCGCUGGCUCGUCAUGGAGGAGAUGGUCAAAGGCGCAGCUCCUGACCCUGAGGAAGGCGCUUAUAUCGCGGAGAAGAAGGGCUUUUUCAGCUGGACCCGUCGCGGCAAGGGGGUUAAUAGGAGGAAAUCCACCGCUGGAAAGCAUGCUCUGGAGAAGAGUGACGGACACCUGAAACCGAGCGCCACGAUGGGGUUCAGUAAGACGAGUAUCGGUCCUGAUCAACAAGCAAAGAUCCAGGCUGCCGCAAUUCAGCUUCAGAGGCAGGAACAGCAGAAGAUACAGCAGCAGCAGGUGCAGGAGCGGCGGGGAAGAAAGGAUACGGACUGGUUGAACGACAAGACUAACAGUGUUCUGACUCUCCAGCCAAGCAUCCUCGGCGAAGCAGCUCCAGCUGUGAAAUGGGCCAGUAAAUAUGACAAGGAGGCGAUACGCGAGGCCUACCUUGCCAACAUCAAUGCGGGCCGUGGUCCUGGGAGCGUCGCUUCCCAGACCAACGGGCAUGCCACGCCCAUAGCUGAGGAGGAACGUCGCCCGGAACUGCCUCCCAAGACGCCAUCGUCGCCCGCAGUCGCGACAGAGAACUCUUCCUCGGUCGCGCGACAGGACGAGACAACCAACUCGCAGACUCCGAAGCCGGAAGAGAGAGAUCCCGAGGCACCUAGCGACAUUCAUCCGGCAGAACGAGUACAUAGCCCCUUGCCUCCAUCGAAAGAAGGGGAAAGUUUGGAGUUGGCGCGGGAAAAUAUGGCUUCUCCCGAGCCUCACCUGAUCCCUGAGGGCAAUAAGCCAAAGAAGCUUCACAAGGAGAUGGCCAAGACGGGCGGUAGCAGUGGCUUGAAGAAGCUGUUCAGCCGCAAAAACAGGGGCUCCAAGGUCCCUGACAACGCCGCCGAGCAGCUCAGAGCGUUCGUUGCCGCUGAUCAGAAAUCUCCUGCGCCUGCUGUUCCGCAGAAGGCGACGCAGCAGGAGCAGCCCAUGCCCGCGCCGCCAAAGCAGGAGCCUGUUGUCCCGCAGAAGCCUCAGCCCAUCCCUGUACGCGUGCCAGUUCCCGCGCCGGCUUCCCCUGCUCCACAGGCUCCCACGGAAUCCGAACCCGUUCCUGAUUCCCCUGCUGCUGAAGAGGUCUCGCCUGUGAGCACGGCAGAUGCUGCUGAGGCGAAGACUGAGUUCUCGCGCUUCGACCAAGGCCCGCUCGUCGACCAGCCUGCAUUCGUUCCCGAAGACGAUUCGGAGGAUGAUGACGACGCCACGCCUCCCCCAAUUGCCAGACACUCGCCUCGGAUCCCGUCACCACCGGUGCCGGAACCUGCUGAAGAGGAAGCAGCACCGCCCCCGGCGCCUGUGGCUCGUGCCAUCGACCCUCAGGACAGGUGGGCGCAGAUCCGCAAGAACGCUGCCGAGCGGGCUGCGCAGCGCCAAGCCGUGCAGGCCAGAGUUUCGGGAAGCCUGAUCACAGAUGACAGCAGCGAAGAGACCAUCGAGUCCCGUGUUGCCCGCAUCAAGGCGAGAGUGGCGGAACUCACUAGCGGCGCCGAGGGAAUGGGCGGACCAGGCGCUCGGCCAGGCGCUCGGCCGCCGCCGCCGCCGUUCCGUCGUUAGAGGCCGAUGCGCUUACUACUAGUACCAGUCACGGCCCUAAUGGUGCUCACUCUCGCCUUUGAUCUGGUUGCUGGAAGAAACCAGAGGUGUGAACGAAAACAUCAAAACAGAAACCGUAAUGCUUUCUCGCCGUGCCUAUCGGACCAGG